CUUUAAUCUUACGUGUGAAAAUAAUUAAAGCUGUCAAAAGACAAAUAGGACAACACAUAAAGUUGCUGCACUGUUGAAAAAUGCACCAGCAAUAAAACGGACUGGAAGCACUAAGCCCUACCAAACGGUGAAAAAACAAUCAGUGUGUGCACAAAAAAAAAAAGACACGUUCCUCACGAUGAGACUGCCAAGCAUGAUGAGCAUCUUGUUGCUCCUAUUCCUCCAAUGCAGCCAGCUGUUGCGGGCGGAGUUGCAGGGCCCACUUUCGGAUAUCGCCAGCGCGACAGCAGCAACCGAACCCACGGAUGCACAUAGUCAACCCAAUACCGAAGGAGACGAAAUAACGACAGCCGAGAAAGAUGCUAAAGCCCCUCCCCUUGACCCACCAUCGUCAGCAACAGCACCUGGGAGCAAUGACCGCAAAGCGGCCAAACUUAAGGAUACAGAAUUUGCGCCCCGUACAAAAGUAAUGCCAGCUGCAUUGUUUGAGCGCCUAUGGAAUGACAGUCUAUUGAAACAACAAAAGCUAAAAGCUCAGAUCGAAGCAAUUGAAGCGAGAAUMAAACCCGCUGAACUUACCGAAUUGACUCCCGACCAAAUUGAAGCUCAAGGUUUUUACGAAAAUGCUAUGGAAAUGUUGGCCAAGCCGCGGAGUGAUAAGCGCGUCGCUUUAACAUUGCUUCGUAAGGCAGCUGCUUUCAAUCAUCUCAAGGCACGUGCUGAACUGGCAUGGUCCAUGCUCUUGGGUCAUUGGAUGCCAUUUGAUUUUCACCAUGCCGCAGAGGAGUUUGAGGCCUUGGCAAACGAGGGAGUUCCUGAAGCUCAUUUGGGUCUUGGAUUUUUGUAUUCAGUUGGAGUGGGAGGCAAGAAUGUCAGUCAACCACUGGCGCUACUGCAUUACACGCUUGCUGCACUUGGCGACAAUACACUUGCCCAGAUGGCCAUGGGCUAUCGCUAUUUAUACGGCAUCAACGUGCCAACUAGCUGUGAGAAGUCGUUAAUUCAGUACAAGCGUGUGGCUAAAAAGGUGGCCUCAAAGAUAACUUUCGCUAACGGACCAAUUGUUCAUCGAGUCCGACUUCUGGAUGAGUUAGAAAAUCCAGGCAGUCAUGAAACUGAAAUUGUGGACUACUAUCAGCUGCUCGCAGACAAGGGCGAUGUGCAAUCGCAGGUUGGCUUAGGCCAGUUGUACUACCAAGGCGGCAAGGCAAUUCAGCAGGAUCACCAAAAAGCAUUGGAAUAUUUCACACUUGCUGCCAAUGCGGGCAAUGCCAUAGGUUUCGCAUUUCUGGGCAAACUCUACUUGGAGGGUAGCGAGCAAAUCAAGGCGGACAACGAAACRGCUUUUAAGUACUUCUCAAAGGCUUCUGAAAUGGGUGAUCCAGUGGGUCAGAGCGGCCUGGGUCUAAUGUACUUAAAAGGUCUUGGUGUGCCUAAAGAUUCCAUCAAGGCUUUGUCGUACUUUACACAGGCUGCUGAUCAAGGCUGGGUUGACGGACAAUUGCAACUUGGCACCAUGUACUUCACUGGCAAUGGCGUGAAGACAGACUACAAGCUUGCUCUUAAGUAUUUCAAUUUGGCCACACAGUCCGGCCAUGUUUUGGCGUACUAUAAUUUAGGAAUUAUGCAUGCCUACGGAAUGGGCAUGUUGCGAUCUUGCCCAGCUGCUGUUGAGUUCUUCAAAAACGUGGCAGAGCGUGGCCGUUGGAGCAGUAGACUGAUGCACGCCUACAGUGAUUACAAACAGAAUCGCGUUGACGAAGCCUACAUGCAGUAUUCUCUAAUGGCUGAAGUUGGUUACGAGGUGGCGCAGAGCAAUGCUGCUUUCUUAUUGGAUCGCGAGGAGGUGCAUGUCUUUAAUGAUCGGCAUGAAGAUUUGAUUCGUGCAUUUUAUUAUUGGAAACGAGCUGCUAACCAGGGUUACUCGGCGGCUCAAGUGAAGCUUGGUGAUUACUACUACUACGGCUGGGGKACUAAAACUGACUUUGAAACCGCUGCAGCUCUUUACAGGAAAGCAUCAGAUCAGCAAUACAACGCUCAGGCCAUGUUUAAUUUGGGUUACAUGCACGAGCAAGGUUUGGGCAUGAAGAAGGAUUGGCAUUUAGCCAAAAGAUUAUAUGAUUUGGCAGCAGAAACAAACUCGGAUGCCAAAGUGCCUGUGGCCAUUGCGUUAUUCAAGCUUCAGAUGCUAGCAAAGAUUGAAUCAAUAAAGCAGUCGCCAUACAGAUUCAUCUUUUAUUUGGAUGAAAACAUUGCUGCCAAUUGGGAUUUAUAUAUGAUUACAAUACUGACUCUUCUGCUGGGCAUAAUAUUGUACACUAGACGACCAUUCCAACAGCCAGAUCAGCCUGCACAGCCCCCCCAGCCAUUAGAUAAUGAUAUAGCAGCUGUUCCCGUAAAUGCUGCACAAGCAGUUCCAUUAGCAACAGCUGCUGCUGCAGCUACAACCACAGCUACAGCUUCUUCUUCUGGAACAACAAUCGUAACAGGAGUAUCAUCCACAUCCAUAACUACAACGACUGCAACCACGUCUAGCAGCGAAACGUCCACCCCAACAGCAACGACAAGCAGCUCAUCUGCAGGGACAAGCAGCAGCAGCAGCAGCARCAAUACACUCGAUCCCACUGAUUAGGCUUAACAAAUUGUUUAAUCAUCCUAGUUUAAUUAGUGACCAUGUAAAUAUUUAUCAUCUAUUUUUUAUUAUUUCUGAAUGGAAUUUUUAGAUAUUUAAAAAUCAGAAAUAUCUUACUCAAAAAAAUAUAUAUGUGUUGUACUGAUAAAACUGCUUAUCCAUGCGAUACGAUUCCUAACGAUAAA